ACCGGGGCGGGGCGGGCGGCCCGUGCUCUAUUAGACAGGGGGCGGUGGCGCGCCGGAGGCGGCCGGAAGUAGCCGAAGCAAGCGGCGGAAGUAGCCGAAGCGGCCGGAGCGGGCGGGCGGCAAGGCGAGGUGAGAGCUGCACAGGGCCCUACGCGGCCGCUUCAGCAUGUCGGACUUCGACGAGUUCGAGCGGCAGCUCAACGAGAACAAACAAGCCUCUAGCCCUGCCCCUCUCAGGGACGACCCUGGGGUCAGGCCCCUCAGCCCUGGAGGGGGACCAGGAGCCAGCCUCCUCUGUCUUCUCUGGCUCCCCAGCUCCUCCUGAGCAGCCUCAGAGCGAGACAAGGAGAACCGUCACAGGAAGCGCAGCCACAGCCGCUCUCGCAGCCGGGACCGCAAGCGCCGGAGCCGGAGCCGGGACAGGCGCAACCGGGACCAGCGGAGUGCCUCGAGAGACAGGCGGCGAAGAAGCAAACCUUUGACCAGAGGCGCUAAAGAGGAGCACGGUGGAUUGAUCCGCUCCCCCCGCCACGAGAAGAAGAAGAAGGUCCGCAAAUACUGGGACGUGCCACCGCCUGGCUUUGAGCACAUCACCCCCAUGCAGUACAAGGCCAUGCAAGCUGCGGGUCAGAUUCCAGCCACCGCCCUCCUUCCCACCAUGACCCCGGAUGGUCUGGCUGUGACCCCCACGCCGGUGCCCGUGGUCGGGAGCCAGAUGACUAGACAGGCCCGGCGCCUCUACGUGGGCAACAUCCCUUUUGGCAUCACUGAGGAGGCCAUGAUGGACUUCUUCAAUGCCCAGAUGCGCCUCGGGGGGCUGACGCAGGCCCCUGGCAACCCCGUCCUGGCUGUGCAGAUUAACCAGGACAAGAACUUUGCCUUCUUGGAGUUCCGCUCAGUGGACGAGACCACCCAGGCCAUGGCCUUCGAUGGCAUCAUCUUCCAGGGCCAGUCACUGAAGAUCCGCAGGCCCCACGACUACCAGCCCCUGCCUGGCAUGUCAGAGAACCCGUCAGUCUACGUGCCUGUCCGUCCCUUUCUUCUCCCUUCAGGAGUCGUGUCCACUGUGGUCCCAGACUCUGCCCACAAGCUGUUCAUUGGGGGUUUGCCCAACUACCUGAACGAUGACCAGGUAAAAGAGCUGCUGACAUCAUUUGGGCCUCUCAAGGCCUUCAACCUGGUCAAGGACAGUGCCACCGGGCUCUCCAAGGGCUACGCCUUCUGUGAGUACGUGGACAUCAACGUCACGGAUCAGGCCAUUGCGGGGCUGAAUGGGAUGCAGCUGGGGGACAAGAAACUGCUGGUGCAGAGGGCGAGUGUGGGAGCCAAGAAUGCCACGCUGGUGAGCCCCCCGAGCACCAUAAACCAGACCCCUGUGACCCUGCAAGUGCCGGGCCUGAUGAGCUCCCAGGUGCAAAUGGGCGGCCACCCGACGGAGGUCCUGUGUCUUAUGAACAUGGUGCUGCCCGAGGAGCUGCUGGACGACGAGGAGUACGAGGAGAUCGUGGAGGAUGUGCGGGACGAGUGCAGCAAGUAUGGGCUAGUGAAGUCCAUCGAGAUCCCCCGGCCCGUGGACGGCGUCGAGGUGCCUGGCUGUGGAAAGAUCUUCGUGGAGUUCACCUCUGUGUUUGACUGCCAGAAAGCCAUGCAAGGCCUGACAGGUCGCAAGUUCGCCAACAGAGUGGUUGUCACAAAGUACUGUGACCCCGACUCUUACCACCGCCGGGACUUCUGGUAGAGGUGGCGGGGGCAGGCGGGGGCUGGGCUGGGGUCUUCUCCCCCUCCCACCCCCCUCUAUUCCCCCUCCGAAGACGAUGGGCAGAGGAGUGACAGCCGAAUGACAGCCGGCAGCAACUGGAAUGGCAGCAAUUAAGGGGUGGGGUGGGGUUGGGCGGGAAGGGGAUUGGGGAAGUGUGCACACAGCCCACACAAACACACCCGCAGACACAGAGGGAAGGGGUUGGGGUGGGAGGGGUGCACAGCAGGGUGGGGUGGGACCCGACCCCACAGCCCCUCUCCCAAAACAGCCUCUCCUUCCUGAUACCCAUUUCUCUUCCCUACCGUAGAAACAUAGCGUGUUUAUAUUUUAUGGCCAAACUAUUUUGAAUUUUGUUGUCCGGCCCUUUGCCCUGCCCUUUCCCUUUCCAGGACCGCAGCUCCUGCCCUUUGACCUCUAGCCCUUGGUUUCUUAACGUAGUUGGUUCUCCUCUCUAGUCGCCCCCCCGGACCCCAUGGCCCCUGCCCUUUUCCUCCUCUGUGGCGGUUUCAUAUUUGCUAAGACGAAUUUGCUCAUUAAACAUUUUGUUGUAUUAUA